AUGGAGAUAACUCCAAAGGGUGCUGUGACCUUUGAGGAUGUGGCCAUGGACUUCUCCCAGGAGGAGUGGGGCCUGCUUGAUGAGGCUCAGCGGCUCCUGUUCUGCGAUGUGAUGCUGGAGAACUUUGCAGUCCUAGCCUCCCUGGGUGUUUGGCCUGGAACAGAAGAUGAGGAGAAAUCUCCUAAACAGAAUGUUUCCAUAGACGGACUGUCACAGACAGUCUUCAAAAAAGACACGGAUGGGGCCUUUUUUCUGAAGAGUGGCAGAUACCACGUGUCAGGGCAACCCAUCGACUGUGGGGAUAUUGGGAAAGACUUUGUAGGAACCUUGCACUUUCUACAGUACCAGGUGGCUCCUGGUAGUGAAGAGCCACCCAGUAGCCUCAAGUGUCACCGUGGAGAAACAUUCUCCACGUGGGAUACAUGUAGGAAGUCUAGCUACAGACAUACUCUUCCUCACCAAGAGAGUGUCUGCAUUGGAGAAGGACCUGAGCAAAGUGACCAACAUGAGAAAGCCUUUCGCUUUGACGAUGGACUUGUUCAGUGCCAGGAAAUUCACACCCGAGAAAGAUCAUAUGUGUGUGGCGAGUGUGGGAAAUCCUUCAGCCGGAAAUCUUUAUUCAUAUACCACCAGAGAGUUCACAGUGGAGAGAAGCCUUACGCGUGUAUGGAAUGUGGGAAAUCAUUUCGUGAUCGCUCAACCCUCCUCCGACACCAGAAAAUUCACACGGGUGAAAGGCCUUACGGGUGCAGUGAGUGUGGAAAACUGUUCAGCCGUAACUCGCACCUGAAUAAACACAAGAGAAUUCACACUAGAGAGAAACCUUAUGACUAUAGCAAAUGUGGAAAAUGUGGAAAAUCAUUUAGCCGCAGGUCCAGCCUCAUUCAACACCAGAGAAGUCAUGUUAGAACCAUGGCGUAUGCGUGUGGUGAAUGUGGAAAAUCAUUUAGCCGUAAAUCUUUAUUCAUUUACCACCAGAGAAUCCACACUGGAGAAAAGCCUUUCCAGUGUGCAGCCUGUGAGAAGUCAUUUCGAGAUCGGUUCCUGCAGCGUGCAUCAGUCACCACCCAGAGGUGCUCAGGAAGGCAGGCUUUGCGUACGUAUUUGGUGGACGAAAUCAAUGAGUACAUGAAGAUGAAAGCCAGCUUCAUUUCCUUUUCUCACUAA